AUGGACGCGAUGAAUGGACAGAUGGGCGGAAAAACCAAGCCCGGUGCGCCUCCCUGUGCACGGGUUUUUGUCAAGAACCUUCCCGGUGGCUCUACCGACGACAGCGUGAGGGCGAUCUUCGAGAAGUUUGCCAACGUCCAAGGCGUCAAAGUUCUUGCGCCUUCCAUGGGCAGAACGACACUCGCGGGCUAUGUUACCUUCGCAAGCGUGGACGAGGCGACGUGGGUUGUCGAGAACAUCAGUGACCAUCCCCUUGAUGGCCUGCCAGAACCCGUGUCAAUAAGUUUUGCUUACGAGCCGGACAGUGUCAAGGGCAUCAGCAAAGGCUACACGGGAAAAGGCGGCAUGAUGAUGGGAAAAGGCAUGAUGAAAGGAGGGCCCUAUGGCAAGGUUGGUGGCUACAAGGGUAGCUACAAGGGCGGACCGAUGGAUUACAAGGGCGGCAUGGGAAAAGGUUCCGGCUACGACGACUAUGGGGACUACGGAGGGUAUGGAGGCUAUGGGAGCUACGGAGGCUACUCCAGCUACUCAGAUUACAGCGGUGGCUAUGGGCCAAAGGGAGCCGGGAUGAGCGGAUUGAAAGGCCCAGGAAUGAAGGGCUCCAUGGCGAAGGGGGGGAUGGGACCAAUGCCAGGCACCAUGAAGGGCAUGUCCAAAGGUGGUGGCAUGGCAUGGGGCAAAGGCUAUUAG